CUGGGUUCAAGCAAUUCUCCUGCCUCAGCCUCCCGAGUAGCUGGGAUUACAGGUGCCCGCCACCACACCUGGCUAAUUUUUUGUAUUUUUAGUAGAGACGGCGUUUCACUAUGUUGGCCAGGCUGGUCUCGAACUCCUGACCUUGUGAUCCACCCGCCUCGGCCUCCCAAAGUGCUGGGAUUGCAGGCGUGAGCCACUGGCCAAAGGAUUCUUUAUAGUAUUAAUAGCAGGCACCUUUGACAUUUGCAAGUUCAGUUCGGAUUCCUGGGGACUGAGAGGCUAUGGGAUGAUCAUGAGAUCCCGAGGAAGUGGCAGAGGGAGGGAGCUUUGGCUCCUUAUCUCAGGCAAGAAUGUUGGCCUGGGCAGAAAAAGCCCAUUCCACUUAUCUCAGGCUUUGCUAUUUUUGAUGUGAGCUACAGAACAACACCUAAGGGUAAACUUUCUCCCUGCUCUAUGCCUCCCGUGCUUUCCCACAGAGACCGUUCUUGUUACCUCCAAAAUCUCAGGAUUCCCCCUCUAGUUAUAUUUCUUCCCUCUCCUCCACCAUUUUGAUUCCUGAUCCAUAGAACUUUGUGUCUCUCAGUUUGGAGUGGAGGCUAAAGACAUGAGAGUUGAGAGUCUGACAUCCCUGAGUGUCCAAUAUCCCAGGAAUUCCAGAUGCGUGCCUAGGAUCCCAUGCUUUCCUCAAUUCUCCACUUAUCUCCCCCUCCCUUCCCAUAAUGCUGGAUGAGACUGUAGCUACUGGCUCAGAGAUAUUUUUAGUCAAGCAGACCUCAUUGUCUACUGGGGUGGGGUUGGGGGAAGGGAAGGCAGGUGCCCACAUCCAUCACACCGGCACUUGUGGGGCAGCCCAGAGAAGGGAGAGGGCCAGGCUCCAAAAAUAGCACAGUGAGCUCAUUCAGCUGCCAGCUCUGGGGACAAGACAAAGGGGCUUUAAAAGGCGUGGGGGGUGGCUCAAGCUGGUCCUGCUCCAGCCAACACCGCCUUUCUCAGCAUGGAGACCUUUGAGCCCAUCAGCCAAGAGCCCCUCAGCCAAGCCAGCUACGACAAAGCCCCAGACCCAGUUCCUGAGCUCCAAGACUCGUUCUAUGCAGAACUGCAACGUGCAGAGAGCCUCCAAGAGAAGAGCAUAAAAGAGGCCAAGACCAAAUGCAGGACAAUUGCAUCCCUGCUCACUGCAGCCCCCAACCCCCACUCCAAAGGGGUGCUUAUGUUUAAGAAACGGCGGCAGAGAGCCAAGAAGUACACCCUGGUGAGCUUCGGGGCUGCUGCUGGGACAGGCGCUGAGGAGGAGGACGGCGUUCCCCCCACGAGUGAGUCCGAGCUGGACGAAGAAGCCUUCUCUGACGCCCGCAGCCUCACCAAUCAAUCUGACUGGGACAGUCCCUAUCUGGACAUGGAGCUUGCCAGGGCGGGCUCAAGAGCAUCGGAGGGCCAGGGCUCUGGGCUGGGAGGGCAGCUGAGUGAGGUCUCUGGGCGAGGGGUGCAGCUCUUUGAACAGCAGCGCCAGCGCGCAGACUCCAGCAGCCAGGAACUGGCGCGGGUCGAACCAGCAGCCAUGCUCAACGGGGAAGGCCUGCAGUCACCACCUCGGGCCCAGAGUGCUCCCCCAGAGGCAGCUGUGCUCCCACCCAGCCCCUUGCCGGCCCCUGUAGCCAGCCCCAGACCCUUCCAACCAGGUGGUGGAGCCCCGACCCCAGCUCCAAGCAUCUUUAACCGGUCAGCCAGGCCCUUUACCCCGGGCCUACAAGGGCAGCGGCCAACUACCACCUCGGUUAUUUUCCGGCCUUUAGCCCCCAAAAGGGCGAACGACAGCCUGGGGGGCCUCAGCCCCGCCCCACCCCCCUUCUUGUCUUCGCAGGGGCCCACCCCUCUGCCCAGCUUCACUUCAGGGGUUCCCAGCCACGCGCCAGUCUCUGGUUCCCCCAGCACCCCACGCUCCUCGGGCCCUGUGACAGCCACCAGCUCCCUGUACAUCCCAGCCCCUAGUCGGCCUGUCACCCCAGGCGGAGCCCCAGAGCCCCCCGCUCCUGCUAGUGCAGCUGCCAUGACCUCCACCGCUUCUAUCUUCCUAUCUGCGCCUUUGCGACCCUCUGCGCGCCCAGAGGCGCCUGCCCCAGGCCCAGGGGCUCCUGAGCCCCCCAGCGCUCGCGAGCAGCGCAUCUCUGUGCCAGCUGCCCGCACGGGUAUCCUGCAGGAGGCCCGGCGCCGGGGGAUCCGGAAGCAGAUGUUCCGGCCGGGAAAGGAGGAGACGAAGAACUCGCCCAACCCCGAGCUGCUAUCGCUGGUACAGAACCUGGAUGAAAAGCCCCGGGCCGGGGGUGCAGAAUCUGGUCCUGAAGAAGAUGCUCUGAGCCUCGGGGCUGAAGCCUGCAACUUCAUGCAGCCAGUAGGGGCCAGGAGUUACAAGACCCUGCCUCACGUGACACCUAAGACCCCCCCUCCAAUGGCUCCCAAGACCCCGCCCCCUAUGACUCCUAAGACUCCACCCCCAGUGGCUCCUAAGCCCCCAUCUCGAGGGCUCCUUGAUGGGCUCGUGAAUGGGGCAGCCUCUUCGGCUGGAAUCCCUGAGCCACCAAGGCUGCAGGGCAGGGGUGGGGAGCUGUUUGCUAAGCGGCAGAGCCGUGCGGACAGGUAUGUGGUGGAAGGUACACCUGGUCCUGGUCUUGGCCCUCGGCCUAGAAGUCCUUCUCCUACCCCGUCUCUGCCCCCUUCCUGGAAAUAUUCACCCAACAUCCGUGCCCCGCCUCCUAUUGCUUACAACCCACUGCUCUCUCCCUUUUUCCCCCAGGCGGCCCGAACUCUCCCUAAGGCCCAAUCCCAGGGGCCUCGGGCAACACCCAAGCAGGGCAUCAAGGCUCUAGAUUUUAUGCGGCAUCAGCCCUAUCAACUUAAAACUGCCAUGUUCUGUUUUGAUGAGGUUCCCCCGACUCCUGGCCCUAUCGCCUCAGGGUCCCCUAAAACUGCCCGAGUCCAGGAGAUUCGCCGGUUUUCCACUCCGGCACCCCAGCCCACUGCAGAACCCCUGGCUCCCACUGUGCUUGCCCCCCGAGCAGCCACUACACUGGAUGAGCCCAUCUGGAGAACAGAACUGGCCUCAGCCCCUGUUCCUAGCCCAGCCCCUCCUCCAGAGGCUCCCAGGGGCCUUGGGGCUUCUCCCAGCUCCUGUGGUUUCCAGGUAGCCAGGCCCCGAUUUUCAGCCACCAGAACAGGAUUGCAAGCUCAUGUGUGGAGGCCUGGGGCAGGGCACCAGUGAACAGGCACAGGUCCCAGGACCAAGGAGAGGUGGAACAUCCAGUUCCUAAAGUUGCUUCUCCUACCCUAUCCCACCCCCUGUCACGCAUCUGGAAGCUAAAUUGCCUCCUGCCAGAGAUGGUUUCCAAGUUGAUGUCCCCUUCCCCCACCUUCCUCCUCACUCUCUACCUCCCUGCCGCUUUCCAACCAACUAUGUCUGCUUUGGUAUCUUUGCCUCUCUUUGUCUCUGCAUUUCCUUUCCUGGAUCUCUGUCUUUAUUUCCAGGCUUCUCCACCCAUAUUCCUCCACAGAUCUCUCUUCCUUGACAUUUGUGCUUUUCUCCCUGGGCCUCAUUUUAAUGUUCAGUGAGAAGUAAACAGAGCAGAAGUGACCACUGGGACCUCAGGCAAGAAGCUCACCACCAGGCACACAGCAAAGGGACUGAACUGACCCCUGUUUGCACUAAGCCACCCCCACCCCCCACUCUGCUUUCCCAAGCUUGGCUGGCAUAUACCUAGGCCUGUGUGUGUGUGUGUGUGUGUGUGUGUGUGUGUGCUCUUCCAUCUAAGGCAUGAAUAAGAGGGGACGUCAAAAUAAAGACCCAAUCUGAGGCCGGGCACGGUGGCUCACGCCGUUAAUCCCAGCACUUUGGGAGGCCGAGGCGGGCAGAUCACGAGGUCAGGAGAUCGAGACCAUCCGGGCUAACACGGUGAAACCCCGUUUCUACUAAAAAUACAAAAAAUUAGCUGGGCGUGGUGGCGAGCGCCUGUAGUCCCAGCUACUCGGGAGGCUGAGGCAGGAGAAUGGCAUGAACCCGGAAGGCGGAGCUUGCAGUGAGCCGAGAUUGCGCCACUGCACUCCAGCCUAGGCGAUGGAGCGAGACUCUGUCUCAAAACAAACAAACAAAAGACCCAAUCCGAGUCUUAUCGUUGUACUGAUAGAAGGGUCAGAUAUCCCCACAUGGAGUUGAGUGGGAGAAAGAGAUUCACUAGAGAAUAACUCCUUAGAGACCAAUGUCUGUAGCAGGUGUACAGCAUCUUGUGAAAGUUAUGGAGCAUGAAAAGACUGAAGGGCCAGGACAGUUUGCAUGGGCUGAGUUAUACCAGCUAGACCAGGAAUAGAACAAAGAAUUCUAUACCUCAGAAUUUCAAAAAGUUAGCAACUUGAGAGGCCAGUGCUGAGCAACCCAGUACCCAGGAAAUGAAAAAAAGAAAGAAAAUUCCCUCCGAGAAUGAACAGAUCAUUGGCUUCAUUGCCUCAUGAGCUUGAGAGAAAGGAGAAGAGAGCCAGAGUGUGGCGAGUGAGGCCAAAACCAGAAGCAUGGCAGAAAUGAGUGUAAGUGAUUGAGCCACAGAAGUGUGGCGAGGGACAAUGCCAUAUUGGGAGAAAGUAAAGUUGAGUAACAAGAAACCAACCGUGUGAGAGAGGGGGAUUGGAAAAAAAUCUGAGGGAGAAGAAUGUUAGAAUGGAAGGGAAUGAUGGUGGAAGGGAGGUGUGAGGGUGUGUGCUGAGUGUUGAAAGAACGGUUGGUGUCUGUGUGAUUUUCCUUGAGUCUGUUCUUCAGUGUGUCUUCUGCAGCUUGCCAUGACUGCCUGGGAAAGAGUAGGGAAAUACCCAGAGCCAAAACCUCUUUUCAGUCCCACCCCAUCCCUCAAAACCCCAGCUAUUGCUUCUUUUCAGCUUCAGGUCCUGAUCUCCAAUCUUAGUAUGGACUCCCUUCUCACCAAGACCACCACCAGCUACGUUUGCUGUGUAAGCUGGAAAGUGAUAAUUUCCUUUGCUUGUUGGGUGUGAGUCACAAUACUUUGGUUUGUGCACAAGAAUAAAUUUAUGCCCCAUACCUUCUGUUGCUGUUAUCUUCUAGUUUUAUUCCUAAAUCCUGAUCUCUCCUUAAUCUUCUUUAACCCAUUCCCCUGAUCUGAUUUCUGAUCUGUCUCUUUUCCUGCCCUCCCAUUUUUCAUCCUUUUGCCCUUUGUUCCCAGGUCUUUUGCUCUUUUCUACAAAUUCUGUCCUGCUUUGAUUUAGCCACCUCCAUCACUCUUCUUGGUUCCCUCUCCCCACAGUCUUCAUCCAAGUUCUCCCCUUUCCCUCCCUUGCCUCAUACUUUCUAGGUAAGGCUUCAGUUCACAGAACUCAGAGAAGUUGGAAAGGCCCUCUGAGCCCUUUGCUAUCAACAUUUCCUCGCUCCUUAGAGGAAGCAACCAUAUUAAACAGUCUCUGGGAAGUAAAUGAAGAGAAAGCAAUGGCUGGAGGGCUGGAGGGGGAGGUGGGAUGGGAGAGGGAAGAAGAAAGCUGAAUUGAGACUACUAAAGAAGGGAGGGCAUUGGAGGUAGGUGAGAAUUAAAGACUUCAGAGAAGGAAAGUGCCAUUGCUCUGAUUCUGCCAGCAGAGGGCACAUUUGUGCCAAUAAUCAGACCCAGGCCGCAGACUCUUCCAAGUGCACUGUCUUAGAAUUCCAAAAAAAGAUCUCAGAGACCAUAGGUUAAAUAGCCUGUCUUCACCCACUCAGUCGUUUUGGGUACUCAGUUGAAGGAGAUCAAACUUUCAGUUUGUUUUUGUUUUUGAGGGUGAGGGUGGUAGUGAUGAUGAAGUCACCUUUAGCUAUUU